GAGGGUGCGGGGCCAGAGGGAGAGCAGCCUGGGGGAGAGCGGGAAGCGGAGAGCUGGACCGAGUUCGAAUCCUCCCUUUUACGAUUCUCUCUGGGGCAGACACUUCCCGCCUGUGCCGCCGGGAGUCCAGUUCUGGAUCCCCUCCUAACCCGGGACCCUCUAGCCCCUUUUCCCACUAUCCCUCCUUGCCCCCCCAACGGUCAUGGGACUCUGCAGUUGAGCGGGGCUGACUGGCUGGCCCCGGAGAGGAGCGGGACGGGCAGCGCCUGGGUGGGAGUUUCCUGCGUUGUACGAUGCAUCCCGGGGCUGCUCUGGUGUCUGACAGGGGUCGGCUGUGACCUCUGGAUUCCUCUGCAGGAUCUUCUUUUCUGUGGAAACGUCCUGCCUGGAGGGGGUGUCCGGGGAGGGGUGAAGCAGUACCAGAUGCAGUUUUACUGCGCCCUGUCUGGACCCAGGAGUCCUGCGUCCCAGCCUCUGGCCCCCCGGACCCCCGAGUUCCUGCUCCCAACCCCCUUGGGCAGCCUCUGCUUCAGUCACCCCAAGCAGGCUCUAUUCUGGCUAAACAGACAAUAAUGAGCAGAGAGAGGGCAGAGAGUGAAGGGAGUUCAGGAGGGCUUCCCGGAGGAGGGGAGAUUGUCCUUUGGGCUGUAGGGAAGCCAGGGAGGGCAGUGGUCCGGGCUGGGGAGGGAGAGCCUGUGAGCCACCCCUGAGGGACAGCCCGAGAAGGGGCUCAUGGCCAGGAGCUGGAGGUGUUGUUCAUCGACCCCUAGGAGGCUGGUGUGUCCUGGGCAGAGGGGGUGGCAGGAAGCAGGGCUGGGAGGGCUGAAGAGCAUCAUGGGGGAUUUGAUGCAGGGUAGGCUAGACCCAAGGAAAGUCACCUGAGGGGCUGAAUGGAGGCUGGCAGGGAAGGGGAAGAGAGCCCAGGAGGCCAGCAGAGCCCCAGGAAGGCCCUGCAGUCAGGACUGAGGGAGGAGGAGUAUCUUCCCCACAGGGAGGACAGCCCUCUGGCAAAGUGAGCCCCACCUCUGGGAAACCUAGGAGACAGUGCUAGCCCUGCAGUGGGGUGGGCCUGGGUUCCAGUCUGGCCUCAGACCCUUCCUGUGCUCUUGGCGACUCCCCCUUUUGUCUUUGAACCCUGAGACUGGCCUGGCCCCCAGGAAGGGCUUCCUGGCUGAAGGAUCUCCCCCUGGAGGCUGACUGGGCCCCCCUGGAGCACUAGGAAGUUCCCCCUCCCCCAUGAUCUUCCCCCAGCCCAAGGGGGCCUCCAGCAGGCACUUGAGGACUUCUGGGAUGGGAGAGACCAGGUGGUCCUCCUGCAGCCCCUCCCCUAUUCCCUGAGAACACUGCUGUGGCUUUGAGCCAGUUUCUGGUCAGAUUGGGCCUCCCUUGGUCUCUUGGCCACAUCCAGGCCCUGUUCCUGGUUCUGGUUCUCCCAUUUUUCCUCCCCCUCCCCCCACUGACUCCUCUCCUUCACCUGCCUGAUUCUCCUGGGAUGGCUCAAACCCCACCACCCCAGAACUCCCAGAUGGCCCCUGUUUCUGGGCCUCACAUUACCUCAGUGCCCCCAUCCUCACUCCAUGGAGCUCUGCUCUUAUCCAGGAGCUCUCUGCUGCUCCCACAGUCCUCAGGCUAUAUUUAGGCAGUUGUUGGGGAAGGGAGGGCAGGGUUGGGUCCCUAGAAUGAUGGGGGAGGGAAAGAGUGGCUGGAUGCUGGGGGAGGAGAACUUUCUCCUGCCCAGACUGGUGGUGGUGGCACAGGGGGAAUUCCAACCCUAGGGUGGAGGCUAGGAGGAGAGAGGAGCCAUUCCAGGGGUUUAAGGAUUCCUGAGCCACGUGUCCUGUUCCCCAGCUCCUGCUUAGAGAUUCUUCUGUAUAGCCCUCUGUGAGGAUCCCUGAGCUCUGCCUUCUUCCCCUGGGACAGCCCAGGAGCCAAAGCCCUUUCCAGGCCCCCUCAUUUGGCUGUCUGGCCCUUGGGCUUGUCCCCAUCUCCUAAGGAGACCCCAGCAGUGUUUCAUCCUGUUUCUCCAGGCUCAGCCACCCCCAGGAACACUUGAGUCUUUCCGGUGUUAUCCCUGAGGUGAUGUUUGAGCAAAGAUGGACAGAGAGCAUUGCCCAAACAAGAGCCUUCGGUGGCUUGAGGAACCAAGUUUUCCCCAGGGCUUUGCUGGAACCUGGGACCCAAGAAAACCUCCUCUCUGUACAUGAUCCUGAAGGGAAAGGCUGAAUGGCUUCUACUCUGGAUUUCCUUGACCAGCCUUCCCCAGUUCCCUCUUUCUUUCCUUUUCUCCUUCUUUCUUCUAAAAGACAACUUUGAUCUGACUGUAAUUUACUCAGAAAGGGGUGGUUUAUUAGGUCAGGGAACAAGGGAGGGUUAGGAAGGAGGGAUUAGGAAACCUUAAGAGACACCCCAGCAGUUUGUGCCUUCUCUGCUCAGCUGAGCCAAACGGCUAGGGCUUCUGUGGGUUUUUCCUCCUUCUCCCUAAACUAUCUAUUAGACUACACUACACCAGGCCACUAGUGUCCUCCUUGGGUAAGUAUAGGUUGGGACAGGUCUUUUUUUUUUUUUGGCAGGAAUGAGUCUUUAUUAAUUACCAAUGAGCCACAGCCAAGCUCUGAUCAAAGGACCCUUCCGAAAGCUUUUACCAGUCCAGAGAUUCAGAUUCAAUACCACACAGGUUGGAGAGAUGAUAGAGAAAGAUUAAAGAUGGAGCAAGGACAGGCAUCAGUGCGAGCUGGAAGGGAGGAAGAGCAGAAGAGAGAAAGGUGGAGCUGGCUGGGCCAUAUUUAAUCUCUUUGAUAUGCAAAUAUACACAGUACAUAGGGAUGAUUAUCAUUGGUUAAUGACAAGGUAUAGGUGUGGUUUCUCUUAACCAGGUGAGCACAAAGAAACCUGUGUCCCCGCCUAACCUGGGGGAAGCUGGGGUUAAGGGUCAGAGGCUUUCCCAGCCACUUGCAAGACUGAGUAUGCUCUCUUCUAAGGCAAUCUGUACAUACCAAGUGUUUCCCUUGCCCACAGCUAGGUGUGGACUGCUACAUCUCCCCCUUUUUGUUUGACAUACAAAUAAGUAGUGCAAUAUCAGAAUGUAGCAACAUCACAGCAUUAACAAAUACAAACACUCUGGUGCAUAAUCAUAUUCUGAUACAGAGAUGAAAACCAAACCAGAUUGUAUAACUUAGAUAUAACAAUCAAGAGUGAACCUCAGCAUAGACUGAUCCAGUGAUCAAUCUUAAACAUCCCCAACUGACCUUUCUCUCUGCCUGUCUGCAUUUCACAAUCAAUGCAACAGUCUUAGUAGAUAUAAAAAUGUUAAGAAAAUGAUUUCUGCGCUACUGAUCCUGGUCUAAUGAGGUAGAAUUCUAUGGCUCACAUGACAGGUGCAAUAACCAAACACGCCACCAUUCACAGUUUGGACUAUCAGACGUUGUCAGUCUUUCCAACAGUCAGCAAAAUACUAUCUCUGGAGACGAAGGAUAAGUCCUUCCUUUCUCUCGUACUGAUACUGCAUCUUGGGGAUCUCUCUGUGCUCACUGCCAGAUGCCUGCCACGUAGGAAACUGGUUGGUAGCCCGAUGGCAGGACAUCCAGCGACUGAGGGUGUCAGUACGCCACGUCUCUGCAUUUCCCAACCCCAAACAUCCAUUUCAUAUGGAAAGUUGUCUAAUCGUGGCUGAGGCUGUCUGGUCCAUGAUGAAAGCUUCAUUAUGAUUCCCCUGACACGCAAUCAGACAUCACUCUCCAGAAUAUUCAUCUGAAAAUUAACAAAUGCUGUCAUGUUCUCGUGUUCACCGACUGUCAGGUGACUGUAAUUCUAGAAAUCUUUGCACCUUCAUCAUUCUGGAUCAGAGCAUCAACAGUGCUUUCCUUGUACUUAAAAUUUUGGCAAUAAUUGUGCAACAGAAAAAUCAAAGUUGAAUACUUGAAAAUGAAUCAAAAGUGUUCUCUGAAAUGAACAUACUGAUCUCUAUGAGAUUCCUCUCCCUUUUCUUUUUGUUUCUGUGUUGGGAGAAAUCCCUUCAAAGAAAAACAUCCUCUCUGAACAAUUCUGGAGGAGCGUGCUAUCACAUGUCAAAUGAUCGUAGAAAAUUGAUCCUGGGAACCCGAUCCCAAAAUUAAUACAAGAUUCUCUUGGCUCUUGGCUCACUGGCUAUGUGCUAUCUUUGAAACUGAGCCAAUGUGUAAUAUCAGAACUUACAUUCCCAAUGAUUCCUAAUUCCUGAUCUAAAUAGAUCAAAAUUUGCCUUGUAUAUGAACAUAAUUUUGCACCAUUACAGGCUUUGCAAAAACAUUAAUACAUCAAUCACAGUGCAAUUUUUAACAAAUACCAAUAUUCCCAUACACUUUACAUUCUACUUUGUAGCUUAAAUAACCAUGAUGGUGAUAAUGAAGCAAUAUUUCAAGUUCUGACUGCAUAUUUCUCAUGUCAUUAUUUAAAUCUCUGCUUGUAUAGAUAAACCCAUCAAUAUGAUAACAAAGCCUAUACCAUUACCAAGAUUGGCAAAAUUCAUUCCACCAAACCAAUGUUUGGGUAAAUAGAAGCUUAAGUUGUUUUUUACGUAGAAACAAUUUCUACAGUUUCUUGUACCUGUAGAAUUUGACAUAGCCUUUUCUUUCCUAGUUGUCAGUGUAUAAUAUUCAAAGUGCUUCUUCUACAAGCUUAUCUGUACCUGGUGUCAUGUUUUCCAUCCAUACUCCAAAAAAGUAAAAUUUAGAUUAUACUUUGCCCUGGCUCCAUGCAUUUGUGUAAUAAUUUGUUCCACCUAGGAGAGACAAUGACUGCAUGUCCACAGCAAUUGUCAAACCUAGAGCCCUCAGUUUGCUCCUGAGGUCUUACUUCCGUAUACCAGAACGUCUUCCAGUAUAUGAAAGGGAAGCCAAUAGAUCCCGAAUCCAGCGGCCGUCUGAAUUCUGGGACUGUUGGGAGAGAGCAAGAAAUUUUUCCUAUCAAGAAUAUUACCCACAAAGACAGGGUAUCAGGAGUAAUGGUUAACAAUGGUAUUAACACUUAACUACAUCUAUGGUAGUCAGACCAUAAUGUCCAUCCUGGUAUUGUCAGGAACAUAAUCUCUGCCUGGAUGUCAAUGAUCUCUUACGAUAGGUUCCUGAUUAAAGAUUUCAUAGUGUCUUUUGCCUGAUCUCUCAUCCUUUCUUGAGAGUAACAUCAGUGUCAUCUGUCCAUUAAACAUGUCUGUGCAGCAUCUUCUGCUUAGCACCUCAUGUUUGUUGUCAGAGGUAUCAGCUCUAUGCUAUGAGUGAGAGUUGUCUGUCUCCUACUACUCUUUGGAGAGUCAUACCAAGGUCUGUACCCUUGUUGAUAACAGCAUUUCUUACAAUACAAGUGGUAGCUUUACAGUGCAUACAAUAUACAUUCCUUUUGACAGUAUCAUAUACAAAAUACAAGGUAUACAUUAGUCACUAAACAAUUGUAGCUAUUUCAUCUCAAUCCCAUAGCAAAGUCUUUGGAGUGUGGGACAUAUCUGGUGUUUAGUACAGACACAAGUUUGGGACAGGUCUUUGAGGUGACCCUGUGAGGUUUCAGGAUUAAAAGCCCCUCAGCAGCUGAAGGUGGUAUCUCUGCUCCUUUGGUAGGUGCUCCAAUGAUUUGAGGAAUCUUUCUGUUUCUUCAGGGCAAGGGGAACUUGAGGCCAAUCUUAGGUACUCAGUUUUGAGUCGGGAGCCCAGGUCUUCUGCUGGAAUCUCCAGAGAACAGAAGGCCCCUCCUGAGUUCUCUUUCCCACAAGCCUCCUUGUUGCUUCCAACUGUCACUCCUCUCCCUGCUUCCAACAUUCUAAAUGGUCUCUCUUUGUUCCAGUCUCAUUCCUAUACCUCCUUGCUAGGAGCUCUCUUCGACUGUGUGCCUUCCUAGCCCCUCUCUUGGCUCUCCUUCCCCAUGCUUCCCUUCUCCGCCUUCUGGCAGAGCCCUUAAGCCCCUUUUAUACAAGAGGGACUUGGGCUCCCAUUCCUAGCCCUGGAGGUUCUGGGCCCAUUCUAUGUGGGACCCCAAAGCCCUGCUGCCUCUUGGGGGUCUGGGAGGAUGGGAGAAAGGAAGGGGCAGAAGAAGAGGAACAGAGUGCUCAUCUGCCCCUUCAGACCCUCUUCUCUUCCCAAGCUGCCCCUUCCCCUCUGCUGGUAGCAGGCUUUCCCCUGAGGCCAAGCCUGGCCCUUGGUGACUCCUGUAGCAUCUCACUCCCUGUAGAUCUCUGUGGGGCAGCCUCGGAUCUGGGAAGAGAAGGGAAAAUCUCUGCCCCUCUGGGUCCCUUCUUCCUCCCCAUCUCAAGGUGCAAAAGCCCAGGGCCUGGCCCCAGGAGGGAUGGGGCUGAUCCAGAUCCCAAGCUGGAAUGGAGAUCAGGGCAGCUUUCUUCUCAAAUCCUGCCAAGAGCAAUUGGCCCAGAGAGUGAGCCCAAAGGCAGUGAAGAAGAUGGACUUUUUCUACACAAGAGUCAAGGCUGGGAAAAGAUGGAGGAGCUUCACCAAAUGGAUUCACUGGGGCUACUUUGCUGCUUCUACAGAGAGCCUGGAGUCUCAUGGAUGGCCUUUGAGAGGGACAGACUCACAGCCCAGGUGGUGACAUUCAAGGAUGUGGCUGUGGAGUUCACAAAGGAGGAGUGGUGCCUCUUGUCCCCUCCUCAGAAGUUGCUGUACAAGGAAGUGAUGCUGGAGAAUGCCCAGAACCUGCUCUCUAUUGGGCUUCCAGCGCCCUCAGAAGACAUCCUAUCUUAUUUGGAGGGGAGGGAAGCCCUGUGGAUGCUGGAGCAAGAAGGCCUGAGGAGCUGCUGCCCAGGAGAGAUCAUACCUGAAAUGAAGGUGAAUCCAAGAGAGGUGAACCCUCCUGUAGAAAUGGACCCACAAAGAUUCAUGAGUGUUAGACCCAAUAACUUUGCAUCCAGAGAAUUCUGUGUUGCUUCUCAAAAUUCACCCUGUAUUAAACAUCAAAGAAUGCACACUGAAGAACAAUUUAGUGAAAGUAAUCAGUGUGGAAAGAAUUCUAUGCACAAGGCCAGUCUUGCUCAAAAUCAGAGAAGGCACACUGGGAAGAAAUCUUUUGAAUGCAAGCAGUGUGGAAAGACAUUCAGUCGGAGCUCCAAUCUUGCUCAACAUCAGAGAAUCCACACUGGGGAGAAACCUUAUGAAUGCAAACAAUGUGGAAAGACAUUCAUUCAGAGAUACCCUCUUGCUCGACAUCAGAGAAUUCACACUGGGGAGAAACCUUACGAAUGCAAGCAAUGUGGAAAGACAUUCAGUCAGAGCUGCAGUCUUGUUAAACAUCAGAGAAGGCACACUGGGGAGAAACCUUACAAAUGCAAACAAUGUGGAAAGACAUUCAGUCAGAGAUACCAUCUUGCUCAACAUCAGAGAAGGCACACUGGGGAGAAACCUUAUGAAUGCAAACAAUGUGGAAAGACAUUCAUUCAGAGAUACCCUCUUGCUCGACAUCAGAGAAUUCACACUGGGGAGAAACCUUACGAAUGCAAGCAAUGUGGAAAGACAUUCAGUCAGAGCUGCAGUCUUGUUAAACAUCAGAGAAGGCACACUGGGGAGAAACCUUACAAAUGCAAACAAUGUGGAAAGACAUUCAGUCAGAGAUACCAUCUUGCUCAACAUCAGAGAAGGCACACUGGGGAGAAACCUUACGAAUGCAAGCAGUGUGGAAAGACAUUCAUUCAGAGCUCCGGUCUUGCUUACCAUCAGCGAAGGCACACUGGGGAGAAACCUUAUGAAUGUAAGCAGUGUGGAAAAACAUUCAGUCAGAGCUCCAGUCUUGCUGAACAUCAGAGAAUACACACUGGGGAGAAGCCUUAUGAAUGUAAGCAGUGUGGAAAAACAUUCAGUCAGAGCUCCAGUCUUGCUCGACAUCACAGUAUUCACACUGGGGAGAAACCUUAUGAAUGUAACUAUUGUGCAAAGACAUUCAGUCAGAGCUCCAGUCUUGCUCAGCAUCAGAGAAAGCACACUGGGGAGAAACCUUAUGAAUGUAAGCAGUGUGGAACGACAUUCAGUCAGAGAUACCAUCUUGCUCAGCAUCAGAGAAAGCACACUGGGGAUAAAUCUUUUGAAAGCAAGCAGUGUGGAAAGACAUUCAGUCAGAGCUCCAGUCUUGCUGAACAUCAAAGAAGGCAUACGGAGGAAAAACCUUAUGAAUGUAAGCAGUGUGGAAAAACAUUCAGUUAUAGCUCCAGUCUUGCUCGACAUCACAGUAUUCACACUGGGGAGAAACCUUACGAAUGCAAGCAAUGUGGAAAGACAUUCAGUCGUAGCUCCAAUCUUGCUGAACAUCAGAGAAUACACACUGGGGAGAAACCUUAUGAAUGCAAGCAGUGUGGAAAGGCAUUCAGUCAUGGCUACAGUCUUGCUUUACAUCAGAGAAGGCACACUGGGGAGAAACCUUAUGAAUGUAAGCAGUGUGGAAAAAUAUUCUGUUAUAGCUCCAGUCUUGCUCGACAUCACAGUAUUCACACUGGGGAGAAACCUUAUGAAUGCAAGCAAUGUGGAAAGACAUUCAGUCGUAGCUCCCAUCUUGCUGAACAUCAGAAAAGGCACACUGGGGAGAAACCUUAUGAAUGCAGGCAAUGUGGGAAGACAUUCAGUCAUAUCUCCAGUCUUGCUUUACAUCAGAGAAGGCACACUGGGGAGAAACCUUACAAAUGCAAGCAAUGCGGAAAGUCAUUCUGUAGUAGUUCCAAUCUUGCUCGACACCAUAUUAUUCAUACUGGGGAGAAGCUAUGAAUGUAAGAAAUGUGGAAAGAUGUUCACAUUGAAGCUCCAGUCUUGCUAUUGUGUGAAGGAAAUUCCCCUUUCUCCCUUUCAGAGGCAGCAGUAAUCAAAAGAUAACAAAUGAUGUUGUCAACUUCAAAUAUGAAAUAAAAUUAUUGGUAUUCCAACA